GGCGACUUGAGCAAACCGGAAGAAGAGAGGAAGGCAGAAGCAUUGAGAACGGUUGGAAAGAUGGCGGCGCACACUCAGAAGAACAACAAGCCAAGGAAACCUGGAGGAAAGGAGUCGCAGCCUUUGAUAAUUGCCAAAACUCCGGCGGAGGAGCAGCGCCUGAAGUUGGAGAGGUUGAUGCGGAACCCGGAUAAGCCUGCUCCCAUCCCAGACCGGCCAAAGGAGUGGAACCCGCGGGCUCCUCCGGAGUUCGUCCGGGAUGUGAUGGGCUCCAGCGCCGGUGCGGGCAGCGGGGAGUUCCACGUUUACCGGCACCUCCGACGCAGGGAGUACCAAAGGCAAGACUUUCUGGACAAGAUAUCAGAGAAAGUGAAUGAGGACAUCGAAUAUCUCGAUAAAGUGGAGCUAAACAAACAGGCGGCCGAUGAUAGAACAGCGAAACGCAGGAAGAAGCGGGAAAAACUUAAGCGCAAAAUGCGGAUGGCAAAGAUGGCAAAACUCGAGUCCAAAAACAAAGGAGAAGACGAUGCAGAGAAGAGCUCGGAAAGCAGUUCAGAAGACGAUGGGGAGCGGGAAAGGGAGGCUGAAGAUGAUGCCGAGGCUCCAAGCUUCAUCAUGGGGAGAAAGUGACUCCUUCUUCAGGGUGACUGCUCGGACAGGGUGCUGGUGUUGGUGCUGCUUGGUAGAGACAUUUUGGGCUCAUCAAUCAUGAAGCAAUGGUGGAGAUUGAGACCAGAGUUGCAUUACAUAUGAAAAAGCACAAACAACAGUUGGAACCUGUCAAAGACAAUGUGCUUCCUGUUGUUAUACAACGAGAAAAACACGUUAUGGAUUGCUUUCCAUAGCACUCAGUGUAUUUUAAUCACACAUUGUCCCGGUUGGAAAAGAGAUAUGUUGAGAAACUUAAGAUUUUUCAUUAAGCUUUCCAUAAUAUCGGUGAAAUAUUUCUAAUUUUCAUGUUUCAGCUAGAAGGUCAGGAGUAAUGUCAUCUGUCUUAAGGCGUUUUUGAGUUGGCCCAAUUUUUUUUUGUCAGAAUUUAGAUUUAUUGGCCCAAUCCAUAUUUUAAUGUUUGCUUUUAAUAAAAAAAUGUGAAUAUA